CCCGCGACUAGACGUUAGGCAGCGCCCGCCCGCACCUUCACCCCGUGCAACCCAUGGCUCUGCCAGGAGUCCCUCAACACACUAUAAACCCCUCGCACGCUCUUUCCUUUGUAACGUUCAACUAACAUGCCUUCCAGUGACGCCAACCCAGCUCAAGAUCUCAAGUUCCCCCCUGUGCGAGUCAACCACUCCCUUACCAAGCUCGACCUCGAUACACUGAUGAUGCGGUCGACGACGCGCAGACUGCCAGAGGAGCCCGGUAGCUCUCUGGACGAUAGUACCUAUGAGCUGCUGGGCGAUAGCCUCCUCGAGACGUCCGACGAUGAGGCACAUACCGAGUCGAUCGCUUCGACCGACGGCCCAACGCCUGACGAUGCGUCGGACUUCAGUGACGACGAUAGCGUUUACGAGACGGGUAACAAAGACAUGCAUAGCAGCAUACACUCCUCGCACGCGGAAGCACUAGAACCACACGCUCAUGAACGCUCGAUAGCAAGCGGGGAAGAUAGUAUCCUGACUGAGGUACCACUACAUCUAGAAGGAAGCGAAAGCUCCCGCAAGAUCAGGCUCGAGGAGCAACUGGCAGAAGAAGACGACGUGGCUGUAGGUAGCAAAGUCAUCAAGAGCUUGUCGGAUGCAACAAGCGAGCUGCCCCAGGUCUUGAACCGAUACGGUUGCUCUCAAGUCAGACUGGUUGUCCGCGCAGCCUUGUCUCCACGUUCCAUGCCCACACCAGCCUCUUACAGGGUACUCUACAUUGGUAUGCCUGAGAAGUGGCUGGAAGACGUUAUUACUUCGCAGAUCGGCGCCACAAUCGCUGCCUCUCCCAGUGUUUCAAGGUCAGUAAUGGUGCGGGACGGCCAGAUAGAGCCGUACGGUCCCGUCAUACACGUAUACCGCUGUGCCGAGCUCCACACCUUCGCCGAGCAUGACAAACGAUCACACGUCUUGAUCAUCCUGGAUGACGGAACCCAACUCAACUUCGGACCAGGUCUAGCCUCCCACUCUAAAGGGCGACCAGAUCUUGUGGUUUUCUGUCACCCAACGAUCCCCGGUCCUGCGACUGACUUACAGGAAUUUGCGUCUGCUACUGAAAUAUUUGGUCGCGAGAACAUUCCAUGCAUCAAUCUUGCUCAAGCCCGACCUUACGGUGAUGGGGCUUCCGCAUACGACUCGAAGAGCUUGAGAGUAUGCGUAGAGGGUAGGGAUAAUUCGGACACUGACUAUGAGUUGAAGGAGGUUCUUCCUCUCGACUAUUAUACUUUCAGCGAACUCGAGCCCUCCCAGCUUAACCGUCAUCUCGCUUUCAUCAGUCCUCACCUGUUCCCGGAAACAGACACGAACACUGAAGAGCCACGCAGGUCUUUCACUGGUGACACAUACAAUGCGUUUAUGAAGAACUCCCGCUCACAAGGGCGACUGAUCAAGAUGCUAAUCUCGGCCGUGGUCUUGUUCGCACUGAUUCCGGCCUUACUACAUGGCACUGCAUACGUGCCGAUGCUCUUCCAGAAACCGUCAAUUCUCAAACUCGAGUCUUCGAUCUCAGCACAAUACUCAGCAUUGACGUCUUCUGUUGCUUCGGCGGUGUUGACAUCGCAGACUGGUAUUCCUGUCUCCUCUAUACUUUCGGCGAGUUCUGCGCCGAAAGGUCUCACGCUUGUACCACCACAGGCAAAGCCCCUUAAGCGGAAGCUGGAAAAGAAGGACGAAAAGAUCAACAGAUUCGACAUCCAAGCGACGGGUGAUCACCAGUUCAUUCUUAGUCCAUCUAAGGGUUUCGCCAAUAGCCGCAAAACACCUCAACUCCAAAUCCAAGUGUCUCGCGAGUCAGUAGCGGUUCCAUCUCAUUACAAUCGGACUAUCAGCGGCGAGUACAUUGUGGAUCUCCAGCAAGAAUACCCCUUCGGGGCCUUUAACGUGAACAUCGCAACCUAUUCAAAGCCCCUUCUGCGACAGUCUUUCGAGAUUACGCUAGGACACAACAAGUCAACGUUAGCUCGACUCCUUGACACGGCCAAAUUGGGUCUCAUUGGUACGCAAAGCAACCUCUGGAACGCAUCAUAUAUAUUGACAGAGCAUUUUCGAGCAGGCUUGGCCGAUGUAGAAGCCGCUGCUGUCCUCUGGACAAAUGAAGUCCGUGGGCCAAGCGAGGAAGCCGUGGAACGAUUCUGGAACGGAAAGCAAGUGCUUCGGCGGAAAUUAGCCUCGAGCACUGAGUUUCUCAUGCAAGUACCCGGAGCAACGUGGUUGGGGUUACGGAUGGCAACUGCUCCAGUUCGCACCUCAUCACCUAUGUUGAGGGCCAGGAUGAACGCGCUUCGCCUUCGGUGCAAGAUGGAGAUGGUUACAGGACUAUCGAGUGAUGGCUUGGCGGAGAAGCAGAGUUGGGCUUGCAACAAAGUACGAAUCGAAUCACAAGAGAAGGGUCAGCUUUGAAGUUUAGGAACAAUCUGGAGAGCAUAAUGCGCUGGAGGAAUCGCAUCUCUCGUCACUUUCUCCCAUUGGGUGGCGUUUUAUGUUUGUUUUAUGAGUCGCAGAACGGGGUAUCAGGAGUCGAUUUGAUCUCGGGCUUAUACCCAUGGCAUGGGCGAGGAUGGGAAGGUUGGUGUUCACGUUGCUAGGGAACUCGUAUGCUUGAGGCGGUUUGAUAUCUGGCGU